AUGGACAAGCGCUUGCUGGACGACAUCAUAAGCCGGCUGCUGGUGGGAGGAAGUGAAUGUGGGAAACAGGUGAAGCUCUCGGAGGCGGAGAUCCGGACGCUAUGCGUGGAGAGCCGCCGCUUGUUCCUCUCUCAGCCGAAUCUGCUCCAGCUCAGCGCUCCGAUCAAGAUCUGCGGUCAGCAUCCCGUUCAUUUCAUUCCAAUAAUCAUCCUUCGACGCAUCUUCAUCCGCUUCGCGCGCACGCACAGAGUUACUUCCCUGAUUGUCUCCAUCUUUUGAUCGGUGAUGAGCGUGUCUGUCCUCGAACGUAUCGAAGACUUUCGUUCGAAUAUCAUUCGUUGAACUUGUGCAACCAUCGCAGGAUUUUCUACCCCAUUUUCGGUCAGCAUCUUCAGGGACAGUAUGAAUGAAGGAAUCAAGCCUGCAUUGAUGGUAUUCCUUCUCCAGGUCCAAAGAAGAAGAUCUCCGUAUCUCUGAAGGGCAUGGUUUUGGAACAGUAAUUCUGCGCAUGUCCUGAGCAUUCUCUCUCUACAUUUUUUCGCCAGAUUCCUCGUGGUCUCAUCUGUCCAUUCGUGGCCGAAGAUGAUUUCAUGCUUUUCAGUUCCAUCCUGAUGCACAAACCACUAUAUACAGCCUUUUAUGUUGCUUCAGUUGCUUCCCAUUACAGACCAGAAUUGGGAGGGACAUGUUUCCUUUUCUGCACAAUGCCACGUCUUAGAGUAUGUUGAGAGCUUGAACAAAAAUCGUCCUGAUUUUAUUUUAGUGAUUGAUUCGGUAAAAGCACCAUUAAGUUGAUGCAAACCCUCGAAGCUAGAAAUAUCUAUAGUGAUGACAGGAAGAUUCUAAGCAGAAAAAUUAGCGAACUAGGCCGAUUUGAGGUUGGUCUGAACUGCUAACUUUUCCAAAGCAUUGAUGAAUUGUGUGAGAAGAGAUACUUAAUUUCUCGCGCAAAACCAAUCGAUUUGCCUUAUGAAUUGAUUAGGAGAGGAUGAAAAGAUGUUGUUGUAUGAAAGAUCAGCCAAAAAUGGGCCUUGAAACUGCAACAAUUGACCGCCAGCAAGUUGAUAUCUUGAUGGAGAAAUAUUUUUGGUGGCGCAAAGAACCAAGAGUGCAGGCCAUGUUGAUUUUUCUGUUGAUUGUAUUAUCAUAUCCCUGCAUGGUAGAAGAAAUAAUGUUUUUUAAUUUAUGCCCACUUUCCAAGACAGCCUCUCUCUCUCUCUCUCUCUCUCUCUCUCGCUCGCUCGCCCGCUCUAGAUAUAUAUAUAUAUACAUCAUUUGCAUGAUCCAUCGUGUGAUCAAGGCUUGACUAUGCUUCUGACAACAUUUCUGCUAACUAAUAAGCACGCCAGACUCCGGGUAAUUUUUAUUAUCUGGUUUUGGAUAAAAUUGGCGAGUCUCUCAGCGCCGGUUGUCGGGCGGAAUCUGUCUUGUUUCUCCAGAUUUACUCCACAGACUAUCUUUACUUCUUGUUUCUCUUGAUGGUUCAUUUUUCUCUCUCAAUCACAUGGCGUCAUCUCUCAAACCCAGUUCUUAAAACCGUCUGAGAAUCUCAUCUCCCAUCCCCAUUACAGGAGACAUACACGGGCAGUACCACGAUCUCGUGAAGCUGUUCAACCGCGGGGGAUACCCCCCCGCCUCAAAGUACCUCUUCUUGGGAGACUACGUCGACCGAGGGAAGUUCAGCCUGGAAACCAUAUGCCUGCUCCUGGCCUACAAGCUCAAGUACCCAGAGGGGUUCUUUCUCCUGCGGGGGAACCACGAGGACGCCAAGAUCAACAGAAUAUACGGCUUCUAUGACGAAUGCAAGCGGAGAUUCAACGUCCGGCUGUGGAAGACUUUCACCGACUGCUUCAACUGCUUGCCGGCGGCGGCGCUGAUCGACGGGCGGAUCCUCUGCAUGCACGGAGGGAUCUCGCCGGACUUGAAGAGCUUGCAGCAGAUAGAGGAGAUCACCCGGCCCACCGACGUACCGGACUGUGGCCUGCUGUGCGACUUGCUCUGGGCGGAUCCCAGCAGGGAAGACGCCGGCUGGGCUGCAGGCGACCGAGGGGUCUCCUUCUCGUUUGGUGCUGACAUCCUCUCGGAAUUCCUCACCAAGUUGGACCUCGACCUGAUCUGCCGCGGUCACCAGGUUCUCUCUCUCUCUCUCUCUCUCACCAGUUUCUGCCAGUCAAUUUCCCCGAACCCACAGAUCUUGAUAGUGAAAACACAGUCUUUCUCUUCAAACGCCCACGAAAGUUAAGCAAAACUCUCUCUCUCUCUCUCUCUCUCUCUCUCUCUCUCUCUCUCUCUGUGAUGAUGGCGGUGCUGACUGCAGGUGGUGGAGGACGGGUACGAGUUCUUCGGGGAGAGGAGGCUGGUGACCAUCUUCUCGGCGCCGAACUACUGCGGGGAGUUCGACAACGCCGGGGCCUUGUUGAGCAUCGACGAGACCUUGACCUGCUCCUUCGAGAUCAUCAAGCCCCCGGCGGUGGCGAAGUCCGCUUCGGCCAAAUCUGACGGGAAGAAGGUAAGAGCUCUGCCAUAA